UACCCAUAGAGCUGUUCUUCUCCCUGUCUUCAGGAAGGUCGUUCAGUCACAUCAAGAAGAGCUUUCACACUUUGCCUCCGAACCAUGCUCGGACAAGCCGUGCGACGAUUUGCAACCUCUGCGGUUCGCUCCAGUCACUAUGCCGAGGGACCAGGAAAGAACCUGCCAUUCUCAGUAGAGAACAAGUGGAGGCUUCUGGGCAUGAUGGUCCUGUUCUUUGGCAGUGGAUUUGCCUUCCCAUUCAUCGUUGUCAGGCAUCAGAUUCUAAAGAAGUGAAGCUCCUAUCAGUUACACAUUGUCAAUGUGAAUCUUGUGCAGCACAGCUCUAAAUUUCUUCUGGUGUGAAUUCUAUAAUGUUAUUGUAAAUAAAAUGACAGAUUACAUUA